AUGAUGCGAAGAGCAAGGCGAAAAAGCUCAGCGAGGAAGCCAGCCGAGAAUUCAAUGCCGCCAGCAAGAAGGCUCAGUCUAAAACCGGCAGUAUCGAGCUCUACUCUGGGAAAUACUACGCUGCCUGCACAUUCGGCGGCUUGCUGGCUUGGUCUCACCCAUACUGCAGUCACUCCCUUGGAUCUUGUCAAGACUCGGCGCCAGAUUGACUCCAAGCUCUAUUCAGGAAAUUUCCAGGCCUGGAGACAUAUCCUCCGAACCGACGGCUUCCGGGGCAUCUUUGUCGGUUGGAGUCCAACCCUCGUCGGUUAUUCGGCUCAGGGUGCGUUCAAGUACGGCUGGUAUGAAUACUUCAAGAAGACCUACGCCGACAUUGCUGGCCCCGAGGCGGCUCACAAGUACAAGACUGCGUUGUACCUGUCUGCCUCGGCUUCGGCCGAGUUUCUGGCCGAUAUCGCGCUCUGCCCCUUUGAGGCCAUCAAGGUUCGGAUGCAGGGUACUAUCCCGUCCCAGUAUUCGGGUACACUCAACGGCCUGAGCACCAUCACAGCUGCUGAAGGCGUCGGUGGCCUGUACAAGGGUCUCUACCCGUUGUGGGGAAGACAAAUCCCCUAUACCAUGAUGAAGUUCGCUUCCUUUGAGACCAUUGUCGAAAUGAUCUACGCUCGCCUCCCUGGCCAGAAGAGUGAUUACAGCAAGGGCGCGCAGACGGGAGUGGCCUUUGCUGGUGGUUACCUGGCAGGUAUUCUUUGCGCCAUCGUGUCUCAUCCUGCCGACGUCAUGGUCAGCAAGCUGAAUGCCUACCGCAAGGCCGGUGAGGGAUUCGGUGCUGUGACAUCAAGAAUUUACAAGGACAUCGGCUUCAAGGGGCUUUGGAACGGUCUGCCAGUCAGAAUCGUCAUGAUUGGUACCCUCACUGGUUUGCAGUGGAUGAUUUAUGACUCUUUCAAAAUCUUCAUGGGCUUGCCGACGACGGGUGGUGCUGCGCCCCCCGAGGACGACCAGCACUCUUGA